GGAACAGACAAGAGUAGGUAAUGGCUUUGCCUUUGGUCUCCUCUGUUUCUUACAUCCAAUCUCCAACCCAACUCCAUUAUUUCUCUCUAAGAAAAGAUAAUGCAGAAAGAUUGAAUCUUUUUUAAUGUAAUGAUCUGAAAGCUUUAAACUUUCUUCAUUGUGACUUCCAUUAUGAGCUAUGCUGAUAAUGCAGAAAGGUUGGGACUUUGUAGAUUAGAGAAUCAUCAUAGCUCGAUUAGACUUAGCAAAAGAACGUUUCUUCAGAGAUUUUAUGUGAGAAUGUCUGCAUCCACAUUGCCUAUGAAUCUUCACCGAUCAAAGAAGGUUUGGAUAUGGACUGAGUGCAAACAAGUGAUGACGACUGCAGUGGAACGAGGGUGGAACACUUUUAUCUUCUCAUCAGAUAAUCUUCAACUCUCUGAUGAUUGGUCAUCGGUUGCUUUGGUGGAUGCGUUGUUUAUUGAUGAGAAGCAAGUUACUGAUGGAAAAGGGAAAGUUGUAGCUGGGGUUUUUGAGGUUUCAACGCCUGAGGAGCUGCAGAGGCUUAAGAUUAAGAAUGAGAAAACAGAGAAUAUUGUUCUUGGUUUUUUAGACUGGAAGUCAAUUCCAGCGGAAAAUCUAGUGGCGGCUCUCCAAGGAAGUGAGAAAACGGUGUUUGCCAUUUCAAGUACACCUUCAGAAGCAAAACUAUACCUUGAGGCUUUAGAACAUGGUCUCGGCGGAAUCAUUCUUAAAACAGAAGAUGUCAAAGCUGUUCUUGACCUAAAGGAAUACUUUGACAAAAGGAGUGAAGAAAGUGAUACAUUAAGCUUGACAGAAGCUACUAUAACUCGGAUUGAAAUGGUUGGUAUGGGAGACAGAGUCUGUGUUGAUCUUUGCAGCCUCAUGAGACCCGGUGAAGGUCUUCUUGUAUGUUCACCUGUUGGAUCCUUUGCAAGAGGACUGUUCCUGGUUCACUCAGAAUGCUUGGAGUCUAAUUACAUUGCAAGCAGACCAUUUAGAGUUAACGCUGGACCAGUUCAUGCUUAUGUCGCUGUUCCAGGAGGAAAGACGUGUUACCUCUCUGAGUUAAGGACAGGGAGAGAGGUAAUAGUUGUUGAUCAGAAAGGAAAACAGCGGACAGCAGUUGUUGGGAGAGUUAAAAUAGAGAAGCGUCCUCUUAUCCUCGUGGAGGCUAAGCUUAGUGGAGAAGAGGAUGAAACGGGGUUUAGCAUCAUCCUACAGAAUGCGGAAACUGUUGCAUUAGUCUCUCCUCAUCAAGUAAACUCAUCUGGGAAAACUGGUGUUCCUGUGACCUCGCUGAAGCUUGGGGAUCAAGUUUUGAUUAGGUUACAGGGUGGCGCACGCCACACUGGUAUAGAGAUUCAAGAGUUCAUUGUCGAGAAUUGAUUCAAAUGACUUUUGUAUAACACUGAGAGACAUAUCAAAUAAAAUGCUUCUUGUAUUCAGUGUUGUGAAUAAUUAAUUUACAAUUCUAGAUGUGCUUUAAUAAUCCUCAAAAU